AUGAAGUUUGCUACCUUGUUCGUAAACGCCCUUCAGGGCACUCAGAAAUCUAUUUCUGCACAUGUGCAACCAGAAGCAACAUGGGGUGCCGACCCGCUUGAAUCUUAUGGUGGCUUUCGCUCUCUAAACUUCGAUAGAGAUGCAAAGUUUCCUAGCUCUCUGGCUCCAAAUGCCACUGUCUCCUGGUCUAGCAUCGAGGCCCAGCAAUCAUCUUGUGAUGCUCUCGCUGCUCAAAUUGGUCUUUCCGUAGCCUUUCCUGAUAUUGACUUGGAGUUUCUCCAGCGUAUAUACGGAUGGGCGGCUCUCCAAUAUCAGGGGUGGGCUCGAGGUUCUCUCCUCGUCAAUGGAGAUCAGUCCCAGACCUUGACGCUGUCAACAGAUAACUUGCUGGAGUUCUACGUUGAUGGGGUACACUAUUUUGGUGGUGACUACUAUGCACUUCGAAGGGUUCCUCUUGUGUUGCAUCUGGAGCCAGGAAACCACACAAUCGACUUACGACUUGUCCGCGAUGUGCGAGUAAUGGGUGGCGUAGGUUCUCCGCAUAUCGACAUCCACCUUGAGGCGCAACCCUCUACUCAAGAUCUCCAUGUGGCUGUUGAUCAGACUAUCAUGCCGGACAUGGUCAACGGAAGAUUGGCAAGCAUGCUUGGUUCCGUUCAAGUCCGUAAUGACCAUGUCCAAGACAUCGAAGUCUCAACGGUCACUUCCAACGACAGCUCGUACUUUCUAUGGCUGCUCAAGCCAGAUGACUUCCGGGUUGUUUCUGGACAGACAAGACCUGUGUCUUUGGCUAUCUCUUGCGAGAUAGACUGCAGUCCAUAUCUAGGUAUCGACAUUGAGUACAGAAUAAUUGGUGAGUAUCGCCCACAGGCUUCUGUGCUGCAUGUUCAUCACCACUUCACGCAGCGAGAAAUGCAUGAGCCGUUCAAGGUGACCUCGCAUCAUCCUGGAGGAAUGGUUUCAUACGCAAUUCUAAGACCCCCACCAUUGAACAUGUCUUGUCCACUGGAUUCUGAGGGCUCGCUUCCAAUUCUGCUGCAGCUACACGGCGCUGGAGUAGAAGCAGACAAUGACAUCGUGAGGCAUGCUCUAGAUCCUCUGCCUGGUCUUUGUGCUUGGGCUUUGUUCCCUACUGGAUCAACUCCUUGGUCAGGAGAUGAUUGGCAUGUUUGGGGAUUCGCAGACGUGGAAGCGGCAGUCAGAGCAAUACCUGGAUGGAUCGAGAGCAUUCGAUGGACCGGACCAGGGGUGAACAUAGAACGCUGGCUCGUCAGCGGUCAUUCCAAUGGAGGGCAAGGGACGUGGUAUGCGUUAACGCAUCGACCCGACAACGUGCUCGCAGCCGCGCCCGUAUCUGGUUACUCUUCAAUUCAAAACUAUGUGCCUUACGACUUGUGGCGACCGAUGCCGCCUUCCGUUCGUGCCCUUCUUGACACAUCUUUGAGCAGUUACCGUCAUGAACUGUUAUUAGAGAACGCAAAGGGGAUCUCAAUCUUGCAACAACAUGGGAGCAUCGACGACAACGUUCCAGCCUUUCAUUCGCGCCUGAUGAGUCAACUGCUAAAGCAAUCAGGUGCAGACUCAACGUAUGUGGAGCUUCCAGGAAAGAACCACUGGUUCGACGGCAUCAUGACUACAGAGUCCUUGAGACAGUUCUUUGAGCAACAACUGAACGGCUUCGCACAACCUUUGCGUGCCCCUGAAGCAUUCGCGCUGGCUGUUGCUAACCCGGCAGACUCGGGUCCAAAGUUCGGAGUAGAGAUCCUUCAUUUGCGUCGUCCAGGCCAGCUUGGAAAGGUCCAUGUCUCUUUUUCUUCCUCGACGUGCUCCCUUCGGACUUCGAACGUAUUGAGCUUCCGUUUGCCCAGUAUCUAUCCUCGAACGCAUGAUGUUGUCGUCGAUGGCCAGAGGAUUGACUUUGCCCUCCAAGCCGAGGACAAUGACUUGUGGCUGGCUCCAGGAGGUAUCUGGAAGGUUCUUCCAAAGGACCAGUCGCCGGCAUUGCGAGAUACAAAUCAGUUGGGCGCCAUGGAUGCUUUGUUUCGUACUGGAAAUACUCUGCAGAUUGUCAGCCAUUCUGAGCAGGCCCGGCAUAUCGCUGUCCAGAUAUCUCGAAACCUUUGUCAAUACCUUGGUGCCGACACAGAAGUCCUGGAAUCUGGAACUGGGUCCUCAAAGCCAUAUAGCAACAUGAUCAGUGUUGUUGUCUCUAGCAACCCACCUACUGGUCACCUCAGGCAUUUCGCUCUAGAUGUGGACUCUUCCGGUGGCAUCAACAUACGUACAGCAGACGGCCAGAAGAGCUACCCUGGCUCAGCAGGUCUUGGUGCUAUAUUCUUGAGGCCGCUUCCGGCAGGAGCUGUGGAGCUUGUGGUAUGGGGCUUUGAUGCAGCGGGCUUGGACGUAGCAGCUCGCCUUGUGCCCAUGCUUCCAGGAGUCGGACAGCCAGACUUUGUUGUAGCAGACAGAAGAAUGCUCUGGCAAGGUGCGGGCGGUGUUCUGGCAAUGGGGUCCUUUGAUCAUCUCUGGAACGCGACAGAAAACUCCUACUUUACAUGA